AGUAUAGAAGGGAGAGAACUUUUAAAAAUAAUUUUUGUUCGAGAGUUGCGGUCCUUUACCAGAGUUGCGGUCCCUUGCUACUCAAAACAAUUGACCGCUUUAGGGCCAUCUAGAAUUAUUGUUGAUUAGGAACUGCUGUUGUUUGUUUACUUCUUAAUUAACUUAAAGUGCAAGAACCUUGCGAUUUCCGGUAACCGAAAGUGGAACUUUUUCUACUUUCAAUUUUUCAAAAGCCUAUACUUGAGUACCAUUUCUGAAAGAAAAAUGAAAUUUCACAAGUUGGUGUGUCUUUCCUACCGAACUACAGAUACAACAAGAAUACUGAUUCGAAAGUUUGUUCGUAAGGUCAUGUCGGCAACUGAGGUCGCACACCCUGGCAAGGUACAGCUGAGUGACCCCUCAGACUUCCGGCCUGAUUACAAAGAUGCCACCGCCUACAGAGACUUCCGCUACGAGAACGUGGCUCCAGGGAUCCACAAGACGUAUGACGACAUGCACACAUACCAGACGGUGGCCUAUGUCCAGGACAGGAUGGCCCAUUGGCUCAAGUUCGACCACGCGGAGAUGAGCAUCAUGGAGGUUCUCGACAAGCUCAACGACCUUGUGGACGCGAGUGACCCUGACAUUGACCUCCCCAACUCGUACCACGCCUACCAGACGGCCGAGGGCAUCAGGAAACAUCAUCCGGACAAGCCCUGGUUCCAGCUGACAGGCCUGAUCCAUGACAUCGGUAAAAUUAUGGCCCUGUGGGGGGAGCCGCAGUGGUCGACAGUGGGGGACACCUUCGUCGUGGGCUGCCAGUUCGAGGACAGCAUCGUCUUCUCGGACUCAACAUUCGGCAAGAACCCAGACGGGUCGGACCCUCGGUACAACACCAAGUACGGCAUGUACCAGCCUAACUGUGGCCUGGAGAACGUGCUCAUGUCCUGGGGACACGAUGAGUACCUGUACAGGGUGCUGAGGGCCAACAAACACAGUUUACCAGAAGAAGCGCUGUACAUGAUCAGAUUCCACUCCUUCUACCCCUACCACUCGUGCGGCGCCUACCAACACUUAACCAACGAGAAGGACCACAAAAUGUUCCCCUGGAUCAAGGAGUUCAACAAGUUUGACCUCUACACUAAAACCGACAAAGUGCCUGAUGUGGAUGCCUUGAAGCCUUACUACCAGUCACUCAUUGAUGAGUACCUACCAGCUAAAAUUAAAUGGUAAAAUAAACAAUUGUGAUUAGGGCAUCUUAGAUUAAAAUAAAUGAAAUAAAAGCACACUACACCAU